AUGACCAUCCACGGCUCGCCCAGAGGCGCUCGGCCGCAGGUGGUUCGCCCCUCCGUUCGUGUUCCUCCUAAAGGUCCGCCGUUGGCCCCCGGUCGUUUGUCAGUUCGACCUCCGGGCGCCGCGGGCAGCGCUGGCACCGCCCGGCCAGGAGUCCCCCGACCCGUCGUGCCUCCCGCACGCGGCGGUGGUGGGGGAACCGCUCGGCCAGCGCGGCCUGCCUACCGCCCAGGCGGCGCUUCCCGGCCCGCCGUGCCCGCUGCAGCGCCCGCUGCAGUGCCCGCUGCAGUGCCCGCUGCAUCCGCCGCGGCAGCUUCGGAGGAGCCCGCACCAGCAUCAGCCUCCGGCCGUGGCAGGCACGCUGGUGGCGGGCGGCGUGUGCGCUUCACGCCCACUGGUGAAGGAUGGGGCCUGCAAGAGGUGGAGGAGUACUUGGUGAGCUUCGGCCCGAUCCAAAAGUUGCAUGAGCCCGAACCGGGCACCUUCGACGUGGAGUUCCUGGAAGCGGCCUCGGCAGCCCACGCGGCUCGGGAGCUCGACGGCAUGAUGUGGGCACAGGGGGAGCAACCUCUACGAUGCCACAGGGUGCCGGUGCAGGACCCGGCGCCCUCCGAGUACCAGGUUUACCAGUUCUAUGUUGACGAGCUCUUGACCUGCAACCAUGCGGCCAGCAGCAUGGACCGGCAGGUCUUUCUGAGCGAGCUGCCUCUGCAGGAGUACGACGAGGAGGCGCUCCGAGGGUGGCUGAAAGACUUUGGGGAGAUUCAGAACUUCGGCCUUCUCAAGGAUGGAAACCUUGAGUGCACAGGGCAGGCCUAUGUCACCUUCACGCUCCAUGAGCAUGCGGUGUCCUUGGUGGACACAUUGGCCGAAGAGGACGGUGAGUUCAUCGAUAUCAAGGGCACGUGGUCACUGUCGGAGAAGAUGGUGCAGAAGGCACAAGGACCGUUCAGAGGAGACACCGUCAUGUCUCUGGCAAAUAGAUUGAGGGCGAUGCAAGAGAACCUCAAGUGCGACAAGCUCCUGAUUGGUGGGGACAGCUGGCCUUCGACCUCGGCAGAGGUGGUCGAACUCCUGGGCCGGAAACCCUAUACGCAAGCCUUGUACAUUGUGGCCCGAACGAUCAUCUCGAAGGAUCUCCUCAAGCAGAAGUUGAAGGCCAUCCUCACCCAAGCGACCAGCCAUCCCAUCAAGAAGGUGCAGUCGCAAGCGCAGGCGGUGCAAGCUCCCAAAGCACCCCCACAGCCCGCAGGCCCUCCACCAGGGCCAGGCUUGCGCCCUGCGGGCGCGCAAGGUCCUCGGCCACGACCGCCGCGGCCCACGGGUCCGUCCACGGGCCCAUCGGCGGGUCCGUCGGCGGGCCGACCGCAGACCGUUUAUUCACCGCCAACAGCUUCGGGAAGCGGGAGAAUUCGGGCCAGCGGCCCCUCAGUUCGGCCAGCAGUGCCAGCCCGCGGCACCGCCGCAACCGCAACAGCAGCCGUUCCCGCCGCUCCUACGCCAGCUGCUCCAGCCGCUCCAGCCGCUCCAGCUGCCGCUGUGGCGCCACUCUCGCCAUGCAUCGUGGUGCGCGGCAUUGCCGGGAGCUGGACUGAGCAGCAGGUGAAGCUGAUCUUCACGGUCUUCGGUGGUGUGGCGGCCUUGCAGCUCGUGGAGGACCCGGCCCGUGGCCGCUUCGCCCGGGUGCAGCUGAAGACGCCCGACAAGAUGGCCAAGGCUGUCGAACAGCUCAACAACACGCAGGUUGGAGAUGGCGAGCUCAUGGAGGAGUGCACUCUUACCUGUGAGCUUCAAGGGGUGGCCGAUGCAAGGCCGCUGCAGGUGUUUGUGGAUGAGCUCGCAUUGGAGCUGCCGCCCAAUGCCACGGACUGCGAGCUCUACAUGCGCAACUUGCCCGUCGCAGACUGCCUGGAGGAUGACAUCAUGGAGUGGCUCAGUGGCUUCGGAGAUGUGAAGGACCUCUACUUGCUCCGCUCAGAAGACGGCCAGCCGACAGGGCAGGGCUAUGUGCGCUUCUCCUCGAACAAGCAAGCACAAGACUGCCUCGAGGCCAACUCGACGCCAGAGGAUGCCGAGGAGGGGGACGUGAUCGGCUCCUGGUCCCAGAGCGAGAGGCUUCAGGCGCCUGGCGACGGCACGGGAAUGGGCAGCGUCGUGCUGGGCAGCAUCGACCGGAGCUUCUUGCAGUCCGUCGCCAAAGCUGCCAAGGUCAAGAGCCUUUGGCUGCUUGGGGAGGGCCGGGCGGCAGUGGGAGUGGGCCCGAAGGCGCCGAAGCCGCAGGCGAAGCAGCUGCACUUUUCCAGCGAUUGUGCAGAGGCAGAGCUUCCGCAACUCAAGGAGCAGCUGCAGAAGGCCUUGUUGGGCCAGCUCCAGGCUUGCAGAGCCAAGCAGGCGAAAGAGGCCGAGGAGAAGGCGAAAGAGAAGGCCAAGGAGGAGGCCGCGGCCGGGGCGGCCAAGAAGGAGGCCGAGAAGGCCAAGCCAGGCAAGAGCACCGGCCCCGGCAAUACCAAAUCGCAGGAGCUGCCGCCCGGACUGUGGCAUCCAGCGCCCUCCUACGGCUGGCAAAGACCUCCGGCUGCGGCCUGGGGCUGGCCCGCGCCCGCAGCCGCGGUUGCGCCCGGCUGGGGCGUCACCGGGUCCGCCUGGGGCUGUCCCUGUGCUGGCGGCGCGGGUGUGGCCACCGCUCCCCAAGGCGCUGACGCCUCUGCGGCGGCGGCUUCCUCAGCCAAGGACUCGCCCCAGAAGCCGAAAGGCAAGCAGGACAAGGUGGCAGAGGGCGAGGCAGUCUUGGCCGCGUGCAAGGUGAAUCCGAUCCUCGAAAGCCUCGUGACGGAGGUCUUGCUGGAGCGCCCGGAGAAUCCCGUGCCUUUCAUGGUUCGAUGGCUUGCUGAGCGCUCCAAGGCCGGCAAGGACUCCCUGUACUCGCUCGGAGUUGGCGAAGCAGAACGUCUGCGCAACGAAAUUCGUGAACUUCAGGACGAGAUCAAAGCCCUCUCGGACAAGGUGGGCGACGCGAAAGCCAAGGGUGAGGAGAAGGAAGAGAAGCCACAGCCGAAGAAGGAAGAAACAGAGGCUGUUGCUGCGGCACCGGCGGAUUCCCCAGGGGAGACUCAGCAAAAGCAAGAGAAGCAGGAAGGUGCCGGCGGGAAAGAGGAAGGAGCGGAAGAGGAGGAGAAGGAGGAAAAAGAAGAGGGCGGAAAGAAGAACCCAGAUGACAGUGAGGAGGAGGAGGACGAUUUCGGAGAUGAUGACGAGGAUGAUGUGGAGGAUGAUUGGAAGCCACCGACCGCGUACAUGAAGAAGGGACAGCGAGGAUCCGUGUCCGCAGAGGCCUACGGCGCGUUUAACCAGAAGCAGGCCUUCGAGCCACCGGUUUACGAGAAGUCGACUGAGCAGGAGGAGCGUAUCAACGCCGUUUUGUCGAAGAGCUUCCUCUUCAACGCGCUGAGCAAGGAUGACCUGAAAGUCAUCCUCGGUGCCUUCUUGGAAAAGAAGAUCCCUAAGGGUGAGCGCAUCAUUCAGGAGGGAGACGAUGGAGACGUGAUGUUCCUGAUCGAGUCAGGGGCCUUCGACUGCAUCAAGAAGAUCGAUGGCUCGGACAAGGUCGUGAAGAAGUGCGGUCAAGGCGACGUCUUUGGUGAGCUGGCGUUGCUCUACAACUGUCCUCGGGCUGCGUCGGUGGAAGCCACCGAAGAAGCUGUGGUGUGGCAGCUCGAUCGCGAGACCUUCAGCCACAUCGUUCGAGAUGCGUCUGCCAAGCGACGCGAUGACUUCAUGGACUUCCUGAAGACCGUGCCCUUGUUCACGCCGCUGGAGAGCUAUGAUCUGAUGCAGCUUGCCGACUGCCUUCAGCAGCAGACCCUGGCGCAAGGGGAGACGAUCCUGAAGCAGGGCGAUCCGGGAGACACCUUCUACCUCGUGGAGGAGGGCGACUUGGUGGCCACGAAGACGCGGGAAGGUGGCAGCCAGGAGGAAGUGCAUCAUUACAAGCGCGGUGACUACUUCGGGGAACUGGCGCUGCUGAAGAAUGAGCCCCGCGCAGCAACCGUCUCGGCAAAGACAGACUCCAAGAUCUGCAAGGCAUUGCUGGCACAGGGAAGGGAGCUGAAAGAACAGAAGCAGUACAAAAAGGCCCUGCAUCGCUUUACAAAAGGCGUUAAGAUCCUUGUCGACCUGGUGCAGACCGAGGACGACGAACAGCUGAAGCACAGGGUGAACGCCUACAUCGACGAGGCUUAUGAGCUGAAGAAGCUGGCCAACGAGAGCGCAGCUGAGCCGAAGGAGAAAGAGAAAGAGGAGGAGAAGGAGAAGGAGAAGGAGGAGAAGGCGAAGGAGGCGAGGAGCAAGGGAAAGCCGAAGCCGAAGGCCGAGGUGCCAGCGGUGCCAGCGGUGCCGGCCCCGGCACCGGUCUCAGUCGCCGAGGAACACCGGCAGAAGCUGCGGGAGGCCGAUGUCAUGUUCGAGGACGGCGAGCGCCAGGAGGCCAAAGGGAACCUGGCCGAGGCACAGCGGCAAUAUGUGAAAGGGAGCCAAGUGGUGAUGCAGGUUAUUACUUUGGAGCAGUACAAGGGCAACGAUCUGCGAGAAAUCCUGGCUGCAAGGACCAAGGUGACAGACUACGUGAACCGAUCGGACAAGCUGGCAGAGCGGUUGCAGAGCAGGGAAAGCCGGAAGUCCGAGACCAGAAGGUCGCGGAGCCGGAGGAGAAGGUCCCCGGAGGAGAGACGCCGAUCCGAUGACCGGCGAGACAGGAGGGAAGAGCGUGAGACUCGUGAGCGUGAGCGCCGGGGCCGUUCAAGGGACCGGCGUGACGAUCGAAGGGAGGACCGAAGGGACGACCGACGUGAUGAUCGGCGGGACGGACGAGACGACCGAGGGAGCUCUGCAGCAGGUCGCAGAACGGAUCGAAGCCGCAGCCGGGACCAGACGAGGGCCCGGCACGCCUCCUUCGAACGCAGCCACGAGCGCAGCUCACAGGAGGUGGCCGCCGCGGCCAGCUCUCGCCCACCACCUCCUGCCGAGGCAGAAGCAACACGUCCCAAAGGGAUGCCGGCACAAAGGCCUCCACAACUGGACACGACGCAGUCGUCGCAGUCGUCACAGUCGGAGACGAAGAGGCCGCCUAUGACUGGCAAGGACUUCAUAGUCUUCAGGCCCAAGGCAAAAGCCAGGCGGAAUCAGACUUGA